GCGCGAACUACAUUACCCGGAAGGCACUGCGCCGGGUGCCGGCAGCCCUGGGCCCCGGAGGGCUCAGGAGAGAGGCGUUUCCGUGCGAAAGGAGGGCGUCUGGGCGGGCCUUCUGGUGUCGUCCUUGGGCGACGUCUUGUAACCUCGUUUUUGUGCGCCGGUCGGAGGCUUCGGGUUGCUGGACUGCCUGGGGUCACGGGCCGGGAGAGCGCCGUGUUCCCUGCUCGGAGGCGCGUCAGGCUCGGCGCGGCGCGGCCCCGGGCUGACCCGGUCGCGGGGCCCGGCUGGGGGCGGCGGCGCCUGGGCCCCCGCCCUCUCGCCCGCGUCUCCGGGCCGCGCUCCCCAGGGACGCCGGCGGUGGCGGCCGCGCGGGCUCCGGUGACUGCCGCGCCCUCCGGCCCGCGCUUCCUGUGCUGCGUCGGCGGUUACGGUUUCGUGUUUUCGCUCCUGUGAGCGCCUCUUAACGUUGUCUGUAUUGGCCCUAGUCGUUUGGUCUUCGGAGCUUGGAGUCUGAGCGCGCGGCCCCGACGGCCGGGCUGAGAGCUGGAGGAGCGUGUGACCCCGCGGGCGGGCGGGCGGGGCCGCGGCGCCGGCGUCGCCGGUGUCGCAGGUUCCGCUUUCAGCAGAAGCACUUAUGGACCCUGCACUGGGCUCUGUGACCUUUGAGGAUGUGGCUGUGUACUUUUCCCAGGAGGAAUGGAGGCUUCUUGAUGAGGCUCAGAGACGUCUGUACCGUGAUGUGAUGCUGGAGGUCUUCGCACUUGUUGCCUCACUGGGUUGUUGGCAUGGAGCGGAGGAUGAGGAGGUACCUUCUGAGCAGCGUGUUUCUAUAGAAGUGUCACAAACAAAUAUUCCAAAGGCAGAUCUAUCCAUCCAAAGGUCCUUUCCCUUGGAGAUGUGUCACCUGGACUUGAACGGUGAUUUGCAUCCAGCUGAGGACCUGGGAACAAACCCUGAGCAGAAACUGUGUGGGGCAUGUGGGAAAUUUCACCGGCACAGAAACUGGCUCGGUGGAGAGAAACUCUUCAGGAGGAACAUGGUCAGGGCCUCUUGUAUGAAGAGCUGUGUCGUCCAUGUGUCAAAGAAGCCCCUCAUAUACUGGGAGGCUGGGAAGGACUUCCCUGAUAACUUGAACCUUCUCCAGCACCAGGUUGUUCAUAGCCAGGGGAAGCCACAAAAGGACACUGAGUGUGCAGAGGCCUUUCACAUUGGGCAGAGGCACUAUAAGUGCAGUGAAUGUGGGAAAGCCUUCUGCCGCAAAUACAGACUUGCUCAGCACCUGAGAAUCCACACUGGAGAAAGGCCUUAUGAGUGUAGUGAAUGUGGGAAAACCUUUAGCUACAAACACAUACUUGUUCAGCACCAGAGAGUCCAUACUGGAGAAAGGCCUUAUGAGUGCAGCGAAUGUGGGAAAGCCUUCAGCAACAAACCUACUCUUGUUCGGCACCAGCGAAUUCACACUGGAGAAAGGCCUUAUGAAUGCAGUGAAUGUGGGAAGUUCUUUAGCCAAAGUUCCAGCCUUAGUGAACAUCAGAGACUUCACACUGGGUCACGGCCUUAUAAAUGCGGUGAAUGUGGAAAAUUCUUUACCUCCAACUCCAAUCUAAUUAAACACCGGAGGGUUCACACAGGAACAAGGCCUUAUGAAUGCAGUGAAUGUGGGAAAUUCUUUAACCAAAGUCCCAGUCUCAUUAAACAUCAGAGAAUUCACACUGGCGAGAGGCCAUAUGAGUGUAGUGAAUGUGGGAAACUUUUCAGCCAAAGCUCUACUCUCAUUAAGCACCAGAGAGUUCACACUGGAGCAAGGCCUUAUAAGUGCAUUGAAUGUGGGAAACUUUUUAGCCAAAGAUUUGGCCUCACUCAACACCGGAGAGUUCACACUGGAGAUAGACCAUAUGAGUGCAGAGAAUGUGGAGAAUUCUUUAGCCAAAGCACCCAACUUACUCAGCACCGAAAAAGUCACACCAGAGAAAGACCUCAUGAGCGCAGCAAAUGUGGAAAAGUCUUCAGUCAAAGGUCUGCUCUGAUUGAGCACCAGAAACUUCACAACCCAGAUAGACCUUAUGAGUGCAGCGAAUGUGGGAAAGUCUUCAGCCGAAGGUCUAACCUCAUUCAACACCAGAAAGUUCACACUGGAGAAUAGGCCUUAGAAUGAGAUGGGGAUGGCAGGGAAUGAGCUGUCUCCCUAUUUUAAUACAACAUGCUGGAGAGCCUUUAUGAGGGAGCCAUCAGCUGGAAGUUGAAUGCGAUACAUCUGAACAGCCAUAGUGUGGAGAUGACCUGUGACUGCCAAGUUUGUAGGAAGCUUUUAAGGAGCCAUGUUGCCCUUUCUAACCUCCCCAGGAUCCUUGCCAGAUUUAUGUCGCUGCCGUUUCUGUGAUAGAAGCCAUCUUACCUCUCCCAAGUGGCAGAUUCACACUUUGUGUGUCAGUCACCUCAGUGUGAUCAGGAUAGGUAGAGCUCCGCUCUCCCAUCCCCUGGAGGAAAGCAUGAAUAACAUGAGCCCUUGGGUGUCGUCAUUCUCUUCCAACUGGCUAGGACAUGGACCUAACAAGCUUUGAAGACCUAAUUUGGGUUCUGCUGGUGGCUUGUGAAGGUUUGGGUUCAUGUGAUGCUCAUAAUUUUAUUGGUCUCCAAGUCACCCUGUCUGGGGACUAUCUGCCUCAGUUUGCUCUGGUUUGUGCAGUAAUAAAGGCUUUGUUUAAGCCAACUUUCUUGGAGUUUCCAUUCACUGGUGGAGUAGGGUUGAGAACAGAAUUGGACUCUACCAGGAUAAAGAGGUGAGCAGAUUUUGUGGGUGUUCCAAACUGUAUGCCCCACUGGGGAUAGUAUUAUGGCAGAGAAUGAUUUUCACUCCAGUUUUGGCCUAAUUUGCAUUGUUGUCUAAGGCAUCCAUGUGACCCAGAUGUCAGAAUUUUUGUGGGUCCUGAGAGGGCAGUAAUGCAAACUACUAGGACUUUUUUGAGCAGUGUAAAUUGAUUCUCUUUUUCAUGUGGGAUGUCACAUAAUGUCCCCAGCACUGUUGAACAGUUGCUCUCUAGGGCCUGCAAAAGAGCCAUGUGCCAUAUUGUCCAGAAUUUGGCAGGGUGGUGUCACUGAUUCUUAGAUUCCAGGCAUCAGGUGGGAACUGCAUUUGGUAUAGAAACACUGGGUGAGUCAAUAGGGAGUGAGAGAGACUAGCAGACUAGAGGAGAUGUGCCUGUUCUAAAGUUGCAGCUACAAAUGUUCCUUAUGGCUGUUGAGGAUAAACUUUUUGCAGAAAUUCUCAGGAGCUACAGGGCUAUUUCUAUCCUAUGGCCACAAUUGCUGCCAGACCAAAUAAAUGUAAAAAGACACUUAGGAUUCCCAUUGCAUCUCCAAAUUGUUCAUCUCAAGGCCAUUGCUGCAAAGUUAAAAAUAAAAAGGACUGAGUGGAAAUUCUGUAGUCCAGGUAUGUGAUUUUUAUGACCCAGACAGAGUUCCUGGGUAACUUAAGUAGAAACAUCUUUCGUUGCUUGCCAGUCUUUGUUGAUACUGCAGCAGAACUCCCCUCCCAUGAGGUGGAGGGAGAGUGUGGAGUAACACUUAGGGCUGCCAAAUUUCUACUUCUCCAAAAAUGAGGAGUUUCAGAUUUUUAUGUGAAAUCAUUUCUGUUCAAACUUUAUUGAUUUAUAAAUUGGCAUGCAGUAAACUGAACAUAUUUAAAGUGUACAGCUUGGUAGGUCUUAACAUAUAUAAACGCAUGAAACUAUCAUCAUAAUCGUCAGUGAAUGUGUCCAUCACUCCCAUGUUUAUCUUGUGACCACUCUCUCCCUGCACUCUGAGGAAACCAUUGAUUUACUUAUACAGUUAGAAUAAUUGGAAUCUUAAUGUGUUUUGCUCAUUCUGUUAUGGUGCAUAAUUAUUUUGAGAAUCAUCCAAGUUGCAAAUGUGAAUUUUUUUAUUCUUGAAAAAUAUUCUGAUUGGAUAUACCACUAUUUGUUUAUCCAUUCAUCUAGUAAUGGACAAAUGGGGUUUUUGGAUCCGUUUCCAGUUCGGCUUUCACAAAAAGGCUUACCAUGAAUACAUACAUACAAUUCCUUAUAUGAAUAUGUGGCUUCAUAUUUUUUGUUUUAAAACCUAGGAGUGUAAUGCCCGAGUCAAAAGAUAGAUGAAUGUUUAGCUUUUUAAAGAAAUAGGCCAAACUUUCUAAAAUGGUUGUACCCUUUGACAUUCUACCAACACUAGAGGAAAGUCUCAGUUCCCCCAUAGCCUCACCAGUGCUUGGUAUGCUCGGUCUUUUUAAUAUUAGCUAUUUAGAGAAUGUGUAGUGGUAUCUCCUGUAACUGCAUUUCCCUAAUGAUUCAUGAUGUUGAACGUUUUUAAUGUUUACUUUUGCCACCUGUAUAUUCCUUGAUAAAAUAUCCAGACUAUUUGCUGACUUUUUUUGUAAUGAGUGUUGACUGAUACUUUCCUUUUUAUUGAUAAUGAAGACAACGGAAAAAAUAUGUUGAAACUUCAUUCUUCAGUGACUUUGCUGAGUGGAAUAAACGUUUUUGAAUACCAGAAGAGUAUUCCCUCA